AUAGACAUAAAAAUAAGAAAAAAUUAUUCUUUUUUCUUAGUUUUCUUCGUUUCAAAGUUUUUAAGUUCUGAAUUUUUAUUUUUUUUGGAGUUUACUUCUCAUUUUGGUACUUAAAUUGUUUUCACAGUGGAAUUAUCUCAACUGGGUUGCUCAAGCUUAUCAGACUUGAUUCCUGAAGUGGGUCACGAUGAUUCUGGGAAUUUUUUUGAUUCUUGUCGAGAUAAAUUACUUUUCUAUGGUACCCAGAAUCAGAAGCUGAUUGGUUCUACUACCAAAGAUAUAUGUGUAUGGCUGAAGAGAGUACAUUCUCUGGGAUGUCUGAACCUGAUAUAAUAGUUCUGAGAGACACACUUCAACUUCAGCAACAGCUUCUGCAAAAGCUUUACGCCGAGUUGGACCAGGAAAGGGAAGCUUCAGCUAGUGCAGCCAGUGAAGCUCUAUCCAUGAUACUGCGUUUGCAAGGAGAGAAAGCUGCUGUGAAGAUGGAAGCGAAUCAGUACAAGAGAUUGUCAGAGGAAAAGAUUUGUCAUGCUGAGGAGUCUCUUGCGAUUUUCGAAGAUGUAAUUUAUUCCAAGGAAAUGGAGAUAGCCUCACUUGAGUUCCAAGUUCAGGCUUAUAAGUGCAGGCUUUUAAGCUUGGGAUACAGUGAUUUGGUUGCUGUUGAAAGCAAGUUUCCAGAGAAUUUAUUGAUACAAGGAUGUGAUCCAUGGAAAGGAGAUUCUUGUGUUAGUGGUGGUAAUGUUAAAAGGUUUAGCUCUUUGCCUCCAAUUCCCCUAAAGGAUUUCCAAAACAAGAAAAAUACCUUAGAACAAGAAAAAUCCAUGUAUUCUUCAGGUGGCUCCUUUAUUUCUUACUGGCAGCAGAUUAAGAUGUUAGAUGAACAAGUAAAAGAGAUUUCAAAUGGUAGAGAUUCUGGCAUGGAGAAAGCACCAAACUUAAAGAGUGGUUCAAGAUCUUGUUCAUUGUCUCCACCAGUAACCUUCAGCACAUCAGUUGAUUUUUCGAGAUUAGAAACUGUUAACUGUUUGAAUCAAGUAAAACUUGAUGAUAAUCUACGAGAGACGGAAGCAAUUAUUACCACUUCUUGCUCUUUGAGUGUUCAAGAUAUCUAUGAAGUUCCAAAACUCAAAGAGAAUCAGAGUUUUUGUGAGCAACAAAACAGAAGACAGAGCAAGUUGCUUGAAGAAGCUGAGAAUAAGAUUGGGAGGCUGGAUUUUAUGUCAGAGGAAACCAGUGCUUUUUGUCUUCAAGAUGAAAGAGACUGUGUAAAGACGAUGCUGCACUGCACAAAAGAUGGGAGCAACUUGUCUAUACCAAAAGAUGAAAUGAGUAUUAAUUGCAAUGUGGCUUUGGUUCAUCCAACCACUGGUGUUUCUGAAUCUCAGGCCAAGUUUCAACAGCUGUGCAGAAGGGUAGGCCGGCUUGAGGGAGAGAGUAGUGCAAGUCAAGAAACUACUUAUGCAGGUGAAGAAGAGAGGAAGUUAUUGAGGGAAAUACAUGAAAAAAUUAACACCUUACAAGCUGAAAUUUGUACUUGGACAAAAGAUAAAACUCCGGUACAUGAUGAACAACCCUUGGAAAACAAAACCAGGGAGCAGGAGGAUGAUCAACCCUUACAAAACAAAACCAGGGAGCAGGAUGAUGAUCAACCCUUAGAAAACAAAACCAGGGAGCAGGAUGAUGAUCAACGCAUACAUUGUUUAAAAGAGGCACUGCUACACUGUUGGUUUUGAUCAAGCAAUUCAGUUGAUUGGUACCAUUUUGGGAGAUAAUGAAAAUAUUUAGGCUUCACCAGUUUCAAGCAAGUUAUGUGGUAUGUUGAUUGAGAUCUCCCUGGUGAAUAAAAAAAAAAAAAGGUUUUUCUUUCUUUGGGUUAUUAGAAUAGAAUGUACAAUAUAAAAAUUGCAUAGCAAAUAUUGUAGGGUUAGAUGGGAGCCUAGUUUAAAAGAAAUUAAAAGAAGAAAAAACUUGCAUAGUGGUUCAUAUAAGUAGCAGCACAUCAUAAGAGAGUGAAAUUUUACAGGACUUUAUUAGGCUUGCUUUCGUGUCUGUUCUUUGUCUUGAGAUAUAUAUUGGUUGUAAGUAAUAUAUAUGUAUACCUUGCUGUUUGAGAUCUUUUAUUUUUCCUUGUUUGAAUUGUAAAUCAGAUUUUGCAUACACAGUCUUCAAGAAUAUAAUUUUCAUAUUUACCUGUGACAAGACAAGUAAAUAAUACAGUUUGUUUGAUUGA